AAUAUUAUCUUUCUUGAUAACAGGUAUAGCUGGGCCAUCCUGUAGAGCAUGUGGUCUGUUCACAUUCAGACAGGGCAGAAAGCCUACACAUUGCUGGACAGUGUUUAAAAGUCCAAGUGCAAUAACGUGUUAAUGAAUAUUAAAUCAGUGGUAAAGAAACCCACUAUGAUAUACUUCUCAUUGUUCACAGAGGUCUUAUGGGAGAGAGACUCUUGGAAAGUAAAAAAGAUCAUCAGCUUGGAGAAAUUUUGACCCAGGUUCCAGAUGACAUGCUGAAGAAGAAAACUCCUCUUCGAGUAAAAUCACGUGGAGAAGUCAGCAUGGGUCAUGCAUCCCUUAGAAGUCACCUCAGAGCUGACACUGGACACAAGCCAUAUGAGUAUCAGGAAUAUGGACAGAAGCCGUAUAAAUGUACAUACUGUAAGAAAGCCUUCAGCGAUCUCCCCUACUUUCGAACACACGAAUGGGCUCACACUGGAGGGAAACCUUAUGACUGUGAGGAAUGUGGAAAAAGCUUUAUUUCCCGUUCAAGCAUUCGAAGACACAGGAUAAUGCACAGUGGAGAUGGACCCUAUAAAUGUAACUUUUGUGGGAAAGCCUUGAUGUGUCUCAGUUUGUAUCUUAUCCACAAACGAACUCACACUGGAGAGAAACCAUAUGAAUGUAAACAAUGUGGUAAAGCCUUUAGUCAUUCUGGUAGUCUUCGAAUUCAUGAAAGAACGCACACUGGGGAGAAGCCUUAUGAAUGCAGUGAAUGUGGGAAAGCAUUCCAUAGUUCCACAUGCCUUCAUGCACAUAAAAUAACUCACACUGGGGAGAAGCCAUAUGAAUGUAAACAGUGUGGGAAAGCCUUUGUUUCUUUCAAUUCCGUUCGAUAUCAUGAAAGGACGCACACUGGAGAGAAACCCUAUGAAUGUAAGCAAUGUGGGAAAGCCUUCAGAUCUGCCUCACACCUUCGAACACAUGGAAGGACUCACACUGGAGAGAAACCUUAUGCAUAAAUUAUAUGUACCAUUGCAACCUUAGAAGGUGGAGUUGGUAGCCGUACCCAAGACAACCAACACUGGGGCUGGACUCAGCAUCAGUGGCCCAGAAGAGGUACUGGAAUGUGCUUAAAAAUGCAGAGUUAUGCUGCAUUUAAGGGUAUAGAUGUAGAUUGCCUGGUUAUUGAGCACAUCCAGGGGGAACAAGGCACCCAUUAAUGUAUCACUUGACUUACAAAACUCAUGGGUAGAAGAACCCAUCCACAGACUCCUGCGAUAUCCAGAUGAUGCUUAGUGAAAAGAAACACAUUGUUCCAAAAGCAGAAAAGGAGAUGAGUGUACAGAAGAAAAAGAUACCCCACAAGAAGCAUAAACUUAAGAGACAAAUUCAGCAAAAGAAAAUGCAAAUAAAACUUCAAAACAAAAAAACAACUUUAAAAAUUCAUAAAACACAAAAUGACAUACUCUGUUAUAAAGUAUGCCUUUAUGAUAGCUUGCUGAUAAAAGUUGGCUAUAAUAGGUGAAAUGAAGAUAGCUGUUGGUGACCGGCAGAUUCUGGGUCUAUGAUAGGUCAGAGAAGGAUGCUUUUCACUUUGUUUUACAUUUUUUUAAUGCCUGAUGUUGACUUGGUAGAAAGAUGAUAAUAAAUUCUUCUGUCUAUGUGUUU